UUGACUAAAUUAGACCAGGACAUGAAAUGUGUCAAAAUGUUCAAUGAAGCAUCCAGAAGCGACAUUGACUGCAAGCCACGUGUUUUAAUUAGUUGGUAAUUGUGAAGGAUUUUGCAAUUUUUGAAGCUUUCAGCAACGAUCAAGUUUGUGUCACAUAGGUGAUUUUGAUUGAAUACAUUGAAUAUCGAUUUUGACCCAUCAAUUGAAUAAAAACAUCAAAAGUGAAUAUUUUUACUGGAACUCAUUUUGUAGUAGGCUUCAUAACCUUAAACUAAAUUCAUCUGUCUGAAUAUCAAACCCAAUUACAACAGCAAACCGAACAUGGAAGGUAAAAAUCUGCACGUUAGGAACAGAAAAUUGGCGAAAGAAAAAGGGAGAAAGUUGGAUCUGGAUCCGAAGACAUCUGAUGUCAAGUUUCAAGUUGGAACAAAGAAAAUUGUAUCACAUAAAAAUCUCUUAUCAGCCAAUAGUACUGUAUUCGAAGAACUAUUUUAUGGUUCAUCACCCGCAGAACAGCCCAUAAAAAUCCAUAAUGUAUCGGCCAAAGCAUUCCGCGAAUUCUUAAAAUUCUUCUAUUUUGAUGAAUUUGAAGUAAAAUCCGAGAACGUUGUCGAAGUGGCCAAACUGUGUAAGAAAUAUGAGGUCGACGGUUUGAAGAUAUGCGCCGAUUUAAUGCAGAAAGCGUUGAAGGUCUCAAAUGUGUGCUCAACAUACGCAGCAGCCCGUUCCCUGAAAAUGGAAAAAUUGUCGAAAGUGUGUGAAAAAGAGAUUUCACAGAAUGGAGCCGAAGUCCUGAAAUCGGCCGAUCUCUUGGGUUGCGAACACGCAGUAUUCGACAAAAUUCUGCAGCUUGUGUUACCAUUGUGUAGAGCAGCGGCCAUUGUAAAUGCUUGCAUGGCUUGGGCCGGAGCGGAGUGUCAGCGAAGCAAAAAACAUCCCACUCCAGCCAAUAUGAAAUCAAAGCUGAAGGACUCAUUUGAUCGAAUUCCGUUUGAUAAGCUGAGCAGGGAACAGUUUUCUCAAUACAUCAACAAACAUAAGCGUAUGUUGGAUGAUAAUGACUGGGAAUCGAUCGUCAUGAAAUUAAUGACCAAAAAGUCGAAAACAACUGUUGAUCGCAUUAAUGUUGCUACAGCCAAAAGACUGCUUGACGAUAUCUCCAAAAAUAGACACUCAUUGGCUUUCGUUCGACCACUAAGCAAAGCCAAAGUACCUGACUACUAGGAAAUCAUCAAAUAUCCAAUGGAUUUUAGCACAAUCGAAAACAAAUUAAACAGAGGACAAUACCAAACGAAUGAUGAUUUUAUGAAAGAUGUUCAGCUGAUCUUUUCGAACUGUCACCAGUACAGCCAAAAAGAAGGGAAAAAUGUGACCGGAUCAGAGAUCUGUAAAGCUGGAGCUAUGCUGGAACAUUAUACGGAAAUACGCUGUUAUGAGCUCAAUUUCAAGUUUAAGCGGGUAAUGACGCUCACAAAAAAUUGAUUCAAUUAUAUUGAAUUGAAUCAAAUCAAAAAUUGAAUUUAAUCUCCUUGUUUUGAAUUGAAU